AGCUGCUCCCUUCAUUUUGUAGCUUCCCUCUCUAUCCCUCUCUUUCUACUAUGAAGAGUGCAACCAAACAAUGUUUUGAUCGCCAAAACCUAUUAUUUCCUUUCCUCCUCUAUCUUUCAAUCAUCCUGGAAUAUCUAACUUUAACGUUUGCCGGUGACUCACCUCCUCCCUAUAUCCCUGUAGAGAACAUCACGAUCGACUGUGGUUCCCCUCACGACAACACAGCUCUAGAUGGCCGGUUUUGGACUAGAGACAACACCCAAAAGUUCCCCCUUAUUGAAUCACAACACAACAAAUCAGUAUCAUCGGAAGCACCUAUUGAUCAAGUCCCCUUCAUCAGUGCUCGGGUUUCCAAGUCAGAAUUCACCUACAUAAUUCCCCUCACAUCUGGGCGAAAAUUUAUUCGCUUGUAUUUCUAUCCAACUUCGUAUCCAAGCUUUGACCCUUUGAAAGCUUUCUUUUCCGUUAAAACUGGUGAGUUUACACUUCUCAGUAACUUCAACGCUACUCUUCAUGCUCAAGGUGAAGAAACGCUCAUCAAGGAGUUUUGUGUUAACGUUGAUGAAGGUCAGGGGUUAAACUUAACUUUUACUCCAAGUCCAGACAUUUCAGAUUCAUAUGCUUUUAUCAACGGGAUUGAAAUUGUUUCCAUGCCGACUAAUCUUUAUUAUAGACCUGCUGAUGAUGAAGGGGUCAAGUUUGUUGGCCAGGGAAGCUUAUACACCAUGGGAAACGACACUGGCCUCGAGUUGAUGUAUCGAAUCAAUGUUGGUGGAAAGCAGAUCUCACCUGCAGAAGACACUGGCAUGUACCGUUCUUGGUCACAAGAUGAUGAGUACUUGACAGAAGCGGCACCAUCCGUUCUUCCUGUUAAUCUCAGCAUUAAUCUCAACUUCAGCAAUAAGCCAUCGUAUUCUGCACCGGAUGUUGUCUAUACAACAGCUAGGACAAUGGGGACUGACUGGACGAUUAAUGAACAUUACAACUUGACUUGGGAGUUCCCUGUUGAUUCUGGCUUUAAUUAUUUUGUUAGGUUACAUUUUUGUGAGUUCCAGAUAGAGAUAACAAAACAAUAUGACAGAGUCUUUGAGAUCUUCAUAGCCAAUCUAACAGCAGAAACUAAAAUGGAUGUUAUACUCUGGAGUGGUGGAAGAGGAAUUCCAACAUAUAAUGAUUAUGUAGUGGGGAUGGGAAGGAUAGGAAAUGAAAAGAAACAAAAUCUCUCCAUUGCUUUGCACCCUGCCCCUAGGUGGAUGACUCUUUAUUCAGAUGCAAUCCUGAAUGGGGUUGAAAUCUUCAAAUUAAGCAAUAAUGGCAAUCUUGCUGGACUUAACCCUGAUCCUAAGCCAACAAGUCCGUCUAUAACUGUUCCACAAUCCAGUCAACCAGGGAUGCACAAGAACAAUAAAACAACAAUUAUAGGUGCUGUUGUUGGAGUAUCUGGAAUAGUUUUACUCUCUCUUUUAUGUUUCUUUAUUAUCAAGCGAAGGAUGAGAGUCGAAGAUCCAGCCUCGAGUGAUAGAGAUUCGUGGUGGGGCGGCCAAUUUUCCCACACCAACAAGUCCAACAGUAGCUCCUAUCUACCAUCUGAUAUUUGUCGCCACUUUUCACUCGCUGAGAUCAAAGUAGCCACCAAUAAUUUCGACACUGUUUUCAUAAUCGGUGUUGGAGGUUUUGGUAACGUGUACAAGGGAUUCAUCAAUGGUGGUGCAACCCCAGUGGCAAUCAAAAGGUUAAAUCCUGAGUCCCAACAAGGGGCCCUUGAGUUCAGGACAGAGAUUGAGAUGCUUUCCCAACUCCGUUACCUCCAUUUAGUCUCUUUAAUUGGUUAUUGCAAUGAUGAUAAUGAGAUGAUCCUUGUGUAUGAUUUCAUGGCUCAUGGGACACUCCGUGAUCAUCUUUACAACACUGAAAAUCCUCCUCUUCCAUGGAAACAACGACUAGAGAUUUGUAUUGGUGCGGCUCGUGGAUUGCAAUAUCUCCAUAGUGGGGCAAAGCAUAUAAUCAUCCACCGUGAUGUUAAGACAACCAAUAUUUUGUUGGAUGAAAAAUGGGUGGCUAAGGUUUCCGAUUUCGGAUUGUCCAAAGUCGGUCCAACCAACAUGUCUAAAGGCUACGUUAGUACACUGGUAAAAGGCAGUUUCGGAUAUUUGGAUCCAGAGUAUUAUCGUCGUCAACAAUUGACUGAAAAAUCGGAUGUAUAUUCAUUUGGGGUGGUGUUAUGCGAAGUUUUAUGUGCCAGGCCACCAAUUCACCGCAUAGCAGAAAAGAGCCAAGUGAAUUUAGCAAUGUGGGCUCAAAAAUGCUACCGAAUCGGAACCCUUUAUCAAAUCAUUGAUCCAUUUUUGAAGGGUAAGAUUGCACCUGAGUGUUUGAAGAAAUAUGCCGAGGUUGCACUAAGUUGCUUACAUGAUGAGGGAAUCCAACGGCCAUCGAUGAGUGAUGUGGUGUGGGGCCUUGAAUUUGCAUUGCAAUUGCAGGAAAGUGCUGAGGAGGAGAUCAAACUUGGAGGGACUGGAAAUGAAAUAGAUGCAGAGGAUGACACCCCAUUAUUCGAGGAUUAUGAGUUGGCGGAUAAAAUUGGUGGAGGAUUUAGUAGCUUUGGCAUCACACCAAGUAAUGAAUAUAGUUCAGCUACCAAAGAUUCUGAAGUUAUUAUUUCUGGGGAAGUGUUCUCUGAGCUUAAGAAUCCUCAAGGACGAUAGGAUAAAAAGGAUAGUAAAUAAGGUAAAUUUCGUUGCUAUGACUUGCAUUAUGCUAAUAUAUGCAUGUAAAACAGUUUCCAAGAAAUAGAGAAGAAUUAAUUAGAUCAGGAAGGACAUGGGAAAUGUCCCAAGGUUAAAACAUAUACUUUUUUCCUUUUUUUUUUCUUAUUAAGUAGUAUGACAUGAACCCUUGAAUUUCCAAUAGAUUACUUUUCUUAAAUUUAAUAUUUUCUGGUGUCAUCUGUACAAACAAUUAAAACUAUCCCCUAUUUAUAAUUAUA